UUUCCAUGAACUGUUAUAAGAUAUAGUACUAAACAAACCACAACUACAGCUUACAAUAUAGUUCUUGUUACAGUUUAUUAAGUAGGUAGUUCACUAAAAUGAAUUUAAAGGUAUGUAUAGUUAUCUUAGUUUUAAACAUUUUUAGACAAAUAUCGUCUGAAGAGAAUUUGUUAAAUGACUUCUUCGAUAAUCUAUUAAAAACAACAGGUUACAUUGAUCGACAUAAAUCCUUUCUAAAAAAAGGCAUUAAGGAUUUUUCAGUUGGAUUAUUCAAUGGAAAAGAUGGCCGUGUUGUCGAAUUAUCAGAAAUAAGGCGAAAAGGCAAUAUCAUUUUACAUCCUGGAGAAGUCGAAUCUUGGUUAGAAAUAUCAUUUCUUGUGCCUUACAUUGAAAUAAAUUGGGAAAACUCAGAAUGCAUUGGUAUAAAGUGUCAAUUAUGUGCAACAAUGAUAGACAACCAACUAGACGUGAAAAUGGCAGUAAUACCGGAAAAUUGUGAGGUGUCAUAUAGUAUAAGUUUAAAGGCAAUCAAAGAAAUGGAGGUUUAUGUUGUAGAUGUACCCAAGACCAUUAAAAGAAAGGAUUAAGCAUCGUAUAAGUCAUACCAUACUGGAUAAUUUUAUGGAUGAUAAAGAAAUAGAACAAGUCUGCCAAGUUGUUAAUAAAACUAUUCAUUAAAAAC